UUGAGUUUCCAAAUUCACUAAGCGAAAUUGAUCUCAGUAACAAGUUGCAUGGAAAGCUCCCAAGAUGGAUAGGGAAUGCAUCAUUUUUGUGGAGAUUAAAUUUGUCCAACAAUGGUUUUGAAGGUUCUAUUCCAAUGGAAUUUUGAAAGUUGAAUAGGUUGGAAUUUUUGGAUCUUUCUCAAAAUAAUUUAUCUGGCUCUAUACCGUCAUGUUUUAAUCCACCAACAUAGAGCAUGUCCACCUCCACGGGAAUAGACUGAGAGGCACACUAUCACUUGCUUUUUAUAAUAACUCUUCAAUAGUGACUUUAGAUCUUAGAGGAAACAAUUUGACAGGUAGUAUUCCAAAAUGGAUUUACACGCUUUCUUCUUUGAGUGUUCUUCUCCUGAAAGAUAAUCAUUUUCAUGGUAAAGUUCCUAUUGAGUUAUGCAAGUUGCAUUCUUUAAGCAUCAUAGAUCUUUCUCAAAAUAUGUUUUCUGGUCCUAUACCUUCUUGUUUGGGAAAUUUAUCUCUUCCAAUACAAAUGAAGAGGAUUCUAGAAACUGGGUUCUAUGGGCCAUCUAUAGAAGAGGAUGAAUCAACACGCAUUAUGAUAGGAAACCUGGAAAUGGAUUCUUACUAUCCUCUAAGCUACUUAGAAGAAGUAAUAGAGUUCACAACAAAGAGUGGGUUCUAUUCGUACAAUGGCGACAUCCUUUCAUAUAUGACUGGGAUUGAUUUAUCUUGCAACAACUUAACUAGUCAUAUCCCACCAGAAUUAGGGAACUUGAGUGAAAUCCAUUCUUUAAACUUGUCACACAAUAAGUUGACCGGAGUUAUACCCUCAUCAUUCUCAAAACUUCAGCACAUUGAGAGUUUGGACCUUUCUUACAACAACUUGAGUGGUGAAAUCCCCUAUCAAUUGGUAGAGUUGAACUCUUUGGAGGUUUUCAGCGUGGCAUACAACAACUUGUCAGGUAGUAUUCCCAAACCAAAAGCUCAAUUUGGGACCUUUAUUGAAAACAGUUAUGAGGGAAAUCCUUUUCUUUGUGGAGAUAUAUUGCAUAAAAGUUGUUCCAAAACUGAUUCACCAUCAACGAUAUCAACUGUAUCAGAAGAUAAAGGAGAAGAUGGUUUGAUAGGUACUUAUGAUUUUUUUGUGAGCUUUUUGGUUUCUUAUGUAGUUGUGUUGUUGACAAUUUUUGUUGUCCUCUACAUAAAUCCAUACUGGUGAAGAGCUUAGUUUUCUCUCGUUGGGAAAUGCAUCACCACAUGUCGCUACUCAAAUGUGGGCAAUUUUCUUACUUAUCACAUUUUCAAGCAAUGUGUUUAGCUACUCAAAUUGUGAUUUGUUUCCUCACCUAAAUGUUUAAUUAUGCUAAGUUGAGUGAUAAUGAAUAUUUUGUUGAUUUUUGCAUUUUGAAUAAAAGCUCUUUUAUCUUAUGGUUUUAUCA